AUGGAAGAUUUGGAGGAAAAAUGGAAGGAACUGAAGCUGAGAGAAGAGGAAAAAAUGGUGAUAGAGAUUGAUGAUGAGGUACCGAGAGAUUUAUUGAUGAAAGAACAGAGGACUCUACUCGAGAAAUUCUGCUCAAAUCGGUUGAUUAGCAAGGAGGUGGUGGAAAGCACAUUGGCCAAAGUCUGGAGAAUCAGCAAGCAAGCUCAGUUCACUGAGGUGAGUCCCAAUAUUUUUGCCAUAGUUUUUGACAACAUUGCUGAUAAACAGAAGGUCUGGUCAGGUCGACCAUGGCUGUUUGAUAAUCAAUUAAUACUAUUAAAGGAAUUUGAUGGAUUUACGCCAUUAAAACAAGUGAACUUCAAUUCUGAGAGUUUCUGGGUAAGGUUUCAUAACCUGCCGCUGUCUUGUAUGACGGAAGUACGUGGAGAACAGAUUGGAAGUACGGUGCAAAGGGUGGAAAGAGUGGAUGUGCAGAAAGAUGGUAGUGGAUGGGGGAAGUUCUUGAGAGUUCAGAUUCACAUGGAUCUUCACCAACCUCUAGCAAGAGGGAGAACUUUGAUGGUUAAAGGCAAAGACAUAUGGAUUCCUUUUAGCUAUGAAAAAAUGCCCAGAAUAUGCUUCUCGUAUGGUUGUAUUGAGCAUGGGAACAAUGAGUGUAAAGAAGGGGGAAGCCAGGCAGGGGUAGAUAAUCAAUAUGGCCAGUGGUUGAGGGCUACGCAGGCCUUUAGAAAUAACUUUUUUAUGAAUGUACCAAAAGAAGUGAAGAGGGGAAUAAGUGGUGGAAGGAGAAGGAAUACAGGUAUCAAGAUGAAGGAAGUAGGGGAAGUAACAAAGAAGAGGGUAGUAGGGAAAGGGAAGAAAGUAUAG